AAGCAAGAUAUGUACAGUAUUUAAUCCAGAGCGAGGAUAACUGAUGUGCACAAACAGAAGAAAUUCAAGAUGAAGACUUCCGUGGCUCUAUUAACUUUAUCCCUCCUUCAGUUGUGUGUGGCUGAGAUCUCAAAUAACCAAGCAGAAAAAGCUAAUCAUACUGAAGGUACCAGCACUCAGGCAGCCUGUAGCUGUGCUGCCGACACAACAUGGAACCAGAAGAGCUACUGCCAGCUUUUUGAUAUCAUAAAAGAGCUGGAGGCCAAAUUAAAAAACACUGAGAAGCAACUGGAGGAUCUGGCAUCAAAAGUCCACGUUAAUCGGGUGGCAUUUGGAGCUUCUAUCAGCGGAGGUAACACUAUCGGACCAUUCAACACGGAGAUCACACUGACCUACACGAAGGUCCAUGCAAACACAGGCUCAUACAACCCUGCAACAGGUAUUUUUACUGCUCCAGUCAGAGGAGUCUACUACUUCAGCUUCUCUGGUCAUAAUCGUUCAUCCAGACCAAUGGGGCUGCGACUGAUGAAGAACGGAGAACAGAUGGUUACUGUGUUCAACCACGCUGCUGGAAGUCGCCCCGAGACAGCAACCAAUGGAAUGAAUUUGGUGCUUGAAGCAGGAGACCAGGUAUACAUGAGACUGCGGCAGAACACCUGGAUUUUUGAUAAUGCAAACGAGCACAGCACUUUCAUCGGCCAUUUGUUAUUCCCCCUGUAAUUGUAUCACAGGGUUGGUAGCGGUAUAAUACACUGUUGUAAUAACAUUUGUUUAAAAAGGUUUUCAUUUCAUGUAUACACUCACAGGAACUUUUGUUAGGUAUACCAGGUGUACCUAAUGAAGUUCCUGGUCAGUCUAAUCUUCAGUAUAAGACUAUUGAGAUGGCAACCAAAUGAAAAAUGUAAACCUGAGUAAAAUGUACAUAAAAGGAAAUAUGAUUUCUAAAUGUCUUACUGAAAUGUCUGUGACAAAUACUAAAGAGAUCUAGCACAGCUGCUCUUGUUCACCCAUGUCUUUACAGGGCUGUUUAUAGGAGUCUGCUUUGAUAGCAGAGUGCAGAGUAACGGCUACAGCAGCAUAAGCUUAGGACACACAAAUAUAUUCUGAGCACAUACUACACUAAAUAGUCUUUAAACAACUUUAUAUAAUGCCAAAGGACCUAAUUCAAGAGCUUGCAUUGAGCUAAGACAACCAUGUAUGUGAAUGGUAGAUAAAUAUUUGAUGGCAAAUUUGAUUCUCAAAUAAUUGCAUCUGUCCCACCUGCAAGUCACAGACAGACACGUUUCUGUUUCUGCCAUAAUCUUAUCUCAUUUAAUGCCUUAAACUGACCCAGAUAGACGAAUAGCCUGAAUUAAAAACCAUGUAAUAAAUCCUCAGUGAAACCCUGGAA